AUGAUUGAGCUUCUCGUCCGGUACGGGUGGGAUAUCGAGGCGAGAGGUCCUUAUGGCUGGACACCUCUCGCCAUCGCAUUGCAUGACAACAACCCCAAAGUCGCCCAGUUCCUGCUCAAAAGGGGAGCCAACCCCGGACAUAAGACUGUUGUUAGAGAAAGGGGAAGAUAUCGAGGCCACGACCGCAUCUGGUCGGACCCCUCUAUUCUCUGCUGUCGCUUCCGGUUCUUUCAGAGCCCUGAGAGUAUUCUGAAGAAUGGGGCGGACGUCUCGGUCAAGAUAAAGGAAGGGAAGUCUGCACUUAUGCUUGCCGCCCGUCUUGGUCUGAGCAAUAGCGUCCGCAUAUUACUACGGCACGGGGCUGCCUUGAACGAGAAGACGACAGACGGAUGGACUGCACUUACUUUUGCAGCGAUAUAUGGACGUGCUGGCGUUCUAACCCAACUCCUUGAUCGGGGAGCCGAUAUGAACAAACCAGACCUGAGAGGUUCUACGGCCCUUCACCUGGCUUCAAAGUGUGGGCACACCGACGCCGUCAGGAUAUUACUUGAAAGAGGUGCUGAGACCUCCAUCGCAAAAACAACAACAAAGACGCCAUUGCACUUCGCCGCUUCUUUUGGCGACACAAAUAUCGUGCAGCUCCUCGUCGACUACGGCGCAAGUCCUGAUGCAAAAGACGUGUAUUCAUCAACUCCAAUUGAAUCGGCCCCGAUCCUUGGCCAUCACUAUAUCGCAAAGAUAUUACGCAGAGCAGCGGGACGGCGCAGGAGUGUUGCACACGGUAACAUCACGCCGCUGCACCAGGCGGCAGCGGCUGGCCUUUCCUCUCAGGUGAAGAGAUUGGUAGAUGAUGGGGCAGAUAUUGAAGCCCAAGAUGAAAAUGGACUUACGCCACCAGCUCACGCUGUACAGGCCAGACGUAAGUCCAUAGUGUCGUAUUUGAUCUCAGUGGGAGCCGAUAUAGAGGCCAAGUCUGCCGACGGGGAUAGCCCUCUCUUCCUAGCCUCAGCUGCCACGCCGCCGCUUAUGGUUAAAUUCUUACUGGCCAAGGGAGCGAACAUUGAAGCUUCCAACAAGGAGAAAAACACACCUUUAGGUUGGGCCGCACGUCGAGGAUACUUGCAGGUUGUCAAGAUAUUAACUAAAGCUGGGGCUGGCCUGGAGGCCACAGAUAGGGCUGGAUCCACGCCGCUGCUGAUGGCAGCGGAGUUUACUCAUAUAGAAGUACUUGGAUAUCUUCUCAAGAACGGGGCUAAUAUUGAUGCAAAGAAUAUAUUAGGCGAGACCGCGUUGCAUUUGGCCGCUAGGUUCGGCUACCUCAAACUGGCUUGGCUGUUGCUAGGACGAAGAGUAGAACCUGAUGGGCUUUUGAUUGAGCCCAACAUUCGGAUACAAAAGACUCCUUCGACUGAUAUUCCAGAGGUCUACCCAAGAAUAAUGACAAUUUGCGAUAGUGAAAGAGUAUCCAACAUCCCUAGCUAG